UUACAACUUUAGAAGUUACAAACCCCUCCUCCCCCAUCCCCCAAGUCUUCUCUGCCGGCCUAUCUCACCCCCUUCUUAACGGACUGGUGAAGAAGAAUCAAUCGAGGAUGCAAUUGUUUCUUCAGAUGCAAUAAAAACAAAUAACCCUUUUCUUCUUCUCAAACAUCACUCUCAGAUAACUCGAAUCAGACUCCGGUGAGAUCCAAAUCCGAUCAGGUGACAUGUUCACACAAUUCAGCACCACCGCUGAGAACUUUAGCAAGGCUUCAACUAUGGUCUUCCGGAUCGGCACUGAUGCUCAUCUAUACGACGAUCCUGACGACGUCAGCAUCUCUCCUCUUCUCGACAGCAAAUUCGACUCCGAAAAAUGCGAAGCUCUUAAACGAUUACUCGCUCUCAUUGCCCAAGGCCUUGAUGUUUCCAAUUACUUCCCUCAGGUUGUUAAGAAUGUUGCAUCUCAGUCGUUGGAGGUUAAGAAGCUUGUUUACUUGUAUUUGCUUCACUAUGCUGAAAGGCGUCCGAAUGAAGCGUUGUUAUCAAUUAAUAUUUUCCAGAGAGAUUUGGGGGACCAAAACCCAUUGGUGAGGGCUUGGGCACUGCGCACAAUGGCUGGUAUUCGCCUGCAUGUGAUCUCACCCCUUGUUCUGGUGGCAGUUAGAAAAUGUGCUAGAGAUCCGUCCGUAUAUGUGAGAAAAUGUGCUGCCAAUGCUCUCCCAAAGCUCCAUGAUUUGCGUCUCGAGGAAAACGCUUCAGCAAUCAUUGAGAUUAUCGGAAUUCUCUUAAACGAUAAUUCCCCUGGAGUAGUUGGAGCUGCUGCUGCCGCAUUUGCUUCCAUUUGUCCAACUAAUUUACCUCUAAUCGGUAGAAACUAUAAACGACUAUGCGAAAUUCUUCCAGACGUAGAAGAGUGGGGCCAGAUCAUCUUAAUCGGGAUUCUUCUCCGUUACGUUAGUGCAAGACACGGGCUUGCAAAAGAAUCUAUAAUGUCGUCUUUAUUGCCUAACAUAUUCAGUAACGAAAAAAGUUCAGAAUCGGAUACCGAUUAUUUCGAAAUAAAGAAGACGUACGAAAUUGGGAUUCAGGAUCCGGAGUUAGUAGCUACGGUAUCCAGGAGUUACCUUGCGGGACCAGACAAGCAAUUAUUAAAUCUGAAUGAUUCAGAUGUGAUAUCACCUGAUUAUAUUUCUUCACGAUUUACGUCAUCGAAAAGUGACGAAAAUGUUAAGCUUCUGUUACAGUGUACUUCACCGUUGUUAUGGAGUAGGAACAGUGCAGUGGUGCUUGCUGCUGCUGGUGUGCACUGGAUUAUGGCUCCGAUGGAGGAAAUUUCGAAAAUCGUUAAACCUUUAUUGUUUCUCCUGAGAUCAUCCGAUGCCUCAAAAUAUGUGGUUCUCUGCAACAUUCAAGUCUUUGCUAAAGUGAUGCCGUCUCUUUUUGCUCCAAACGUCGAGGAUUUUUUUAUAAGCUCGUCUGAUGCGUAUCAAGUUAAAGCUCUAAAACUUGAAAUUCUUUCUUCCAUUGCUACAGAUGCAUCAAUCUCGGUUAUUUUUCAAGAAUUCCAGGAUUAUGUGAGAGAUCCCGACAGGAGAUUUGCGGCAGAUACGGUUGCUGCUAUCGGUCUGUGUGCUAAGAGAAAUCCUCAAGUAGCAAACACUUGUGUGGAAGGAUUGCUGGCUCUUACUUCCCCUAAAACCGUUAAUAGUACCUCUGGAUCCAUGGAUGAUGAAGCAGUGGUUUUGAUCCAAGCAAUUACAUCCAUCAAAGAUAUCGUAAAACAGGAUCCACUCAGUCACGAGAAUGCUAUUAUUAUUUUGAUUCGGAAUUUGGAUGCAAUCAAGGUUCCUGUGGCCCGUGCAAUGAUUGUUUGGAUCGCAGGUGAAUAUAACUCUAUCGGCAAUAUCAUUCCGAAAAUGGUACCCGUGAUUCUACGAUUUCUAGCUCGAGGCUUUCCUUCUGAAUCCAUUGAAACAAAAUACCAGAUUCUGAAUGCUGCUGUUAAGGUUCUUUUGAAUUCUAAAGAGGAAGAUUUUCACACUGCAAAAAGCAUACUAAACUACGUGCUCGAACUCGCGAAAUUUGAUUUAAACUAUGAUGUUCGUGACCGGGCCCGUGUUUUAAGAAAACUUUUGUCAUGCUACUUUAGUUCUAGCGGACCAGACGAAAAACCCGACAAUAAUGAAAUACGCCUUUUACUCGCAGAACAUGUUUUCGGGGAUAAAACUAAACCGUCAACCAAAACGGUUAAUAACCGAUUUUACCUUCCAGGUUCUCUUUCGCAAAUAGUUUUCCAUGCAGCUCCGGGGUAUGAACCUCUUCCCGAGCCUUGUAGUUUGACCGAAUCUGAUAUGGUCAAAGGGCUCGAGGAACCCGCUCAGGCUGAAGCAGAUGAUUCCGAUGUUGACUCCGGAUCGUUGAACGAAGAAGGCAGUUACUAUUCAGAAGAUUCCGUCACUACUUCAACUGGAACCAAUAACGAGAGUGCUGCAAGUGAAAGCAACAAUAACGAUAACACCACUGAUCCGUUAAUCAACUUCUCUGAUGUCGGUAAACCGCAUGAAGGAACUAAUGAUCUUAGUGAAUUGAUGUCGAAAGGAGCUUUGGAAUCAUGGUUAGAUGAUAAUGAUAGUGAUAAUGAUAAUCGUGGUUCAAGUCAAAAUGUAGCUGAAAGGAUUCCGUCAGCGAGAAUUUCGAUCGGAGAUAUUAGUACGAUAACUAAACCUAAAGUAUACACACUUUUAGAUCCAACAUAUGGAAAUGGUUUGAAAGUAGUGUAUAAAUAUUCAUCAGAAGCUUCAACAAUAUCACCGUCACUUGUAAGUGUUGACACUUUCUUCGAAAACUGUUCUUCCGACCCGAUGUCGAAAUUAUCUAUGUCCAAUGAAGAUUCAGAAUCGUCGGACCAAGGAAGUUCUUUGGGAUCUCAAAAGGAUGAACCAGCUUUUGUUCCAAUGGAAGAAAUUACCGUACUUGAACCUGGUCAGACUGUUAAACGAGUUAUUCAUGUUCACUUUCCUCAUCAUCUUUUACCGUUGAAGCUCAUAUUAUGGUGUAAUGACAAAAAACACCCCGUUAAAUUGCGCCCCGAUAUCGGAUAUUUCAUAAAGCCUCUCAUGAUGGAUCUAGAUGUUUUCUCACAAAAAGAAUCCCAACUCCCCGGAAUGUUUGAAUACACAAGAAGAUGUUCGUUUACCGACCACCUUGCUGAGGUGGCCAGUGAUGACAAGGAUGGUGACGUGUCAUCAACAAAGGAUUCGUUCCUGAUCAUAUGUCAAUGUUUAGCAUCGAAGAUGUUGAGCAACGCCAAUCUUCAUUUGGUAUCUGUAAACAUGCCUGUGGAUGCGAAUCUCAAUGACGUGUCGGGUUUGUGCUUACGGUUUAGUGGCGAGAUACUUAGCAACUCAAUUCCGUGCCUUGUGUCUGUUACACUUGAUGGUAAGUGCUUUGAACCGUUGAAUGCUUCGGUGAAAGUCAACUGUGAAGAAACCGUGUUUGGUUUGAAUCUGCUGAACAGAAUAGUAAACUUUUUAGCUGAGCCUCGGUUGACUAGUUAGGUACAUAUAAAUGUGGGUUCCUAAAAGGCGCCGUUUUGUGGAUUGUUAUUCUGAGGAAACCGAAAAGAUUCGGCAAAAUAAAGGAAUCUCAACUUUUAAUAGAAUCGGAUCAGCUUGUGCAAAGUAUGAGUGGGCUUCAUGUUCUUGAGUGAUUUUUUUUUGUUAAAGAUUCAAUCUUUUGAUACUGGCUCUACUGCUAUAAAAUUGAAAAACUAGCGUUGGUGUUGUUUCUUUUUGUUAUACAAUAUCACAUUGUACAUAUUUUCUUUUUGUGUGGAUAUGCCAAGAUGUAUGAUGGGUCAAAA